ACAUCAACUUCAACUAAUGCGCCAUUUGCCCCUGAACCAAUUAAGAACUAAUUCAGGUUCCAUUGUGACCACGUGAUUAUGCCCCGACCAUGAAUUAUGCACUAACCCAAAAUUCACUAGCUCAAUAUCAACGAAAGCUCCAUCCAAAAAAAGUUGAACCGGCCACCCUCACCAGCACCAAACGAAUUCCCCCUCCCCCGCCACCAUGCAAAAAGUAAUUCGGCGUACGAUACUUGCCGAAAAGCAAGCCGUCCGCCGGCUUGCGAGGCGGCAGCGCAAAAAUGAACUGGACGAGUUCGCUAUUCGACAGGACAGGAUGAAAAUGUGGAACGGGGAAACCCUAAAACGGGCAAAGGAAAAUAAGGUAGCGCGAAGGGAGGAUUGGGAAUUGAAGGAGUUGGCUCCGAAGAGAGAUGUGGGUUCAAAGGCCGAUAAGUAUGGCAGUAUUGAAUCCCACUCCGUGGAAGAACCAGCUGCGAGGAGGAAAGAAAUCUUGGAGAUACUGGACAUAUGGGGUGGGAAAAAAUAUCUAAAUAUUACCGCGGGGGAUAGAGUGGUUGUGAUUCAAGGGCGAGAUAAGGGAAAGAUUGGAAAGGUAGAGAAAGUUGAUAAACAGAGGGCGGAAGUUUAUUGUGAGGGGUUGAACAUGGUAUGUUUUGAGAUCUCUCGUGCCAUCCGCUCUCCAAUUACCCCCACCACGAAUCCUGUAUUGGCACGCACUAAGAUAAUCAUCAGGUCGAUUUGGCAAUACCCGAAUGGAUGAAAUCAGACGAAGACCCAGACCGCCGUCCCACGCGCUCCUUCCCCCAGGGCAUCUCUUUGAAAAAUGUCAAACUAGUAUUUCCCUAUACCGACCCCAUAACUGGCCUGACCCGCGACGUAAUCGCCAAAAAGCUCGUCCACCACAAAAUGUUCCGAGACCGCCACGGCCAAACCGUCAAAUGGCAGCGUAUAAUCCCUGGUGCCGGUGACCGCCCCAAUAUAAUAAUUCCAUGGCCCAAAACUGAACCUCGAGAGAAGAAGGACCAUGAUUGCGAUACCCUGCGAAUGGAGGUGGAAGAAAGAACAUUUGUGCCCACACUCCUCACACCACCGAUGCCCGCGAGUGUGAUCGAUGAGUUGAGAAAUAAAUAUUCGGUAUUCAGGAAGAGACAUGAUCCCGAAUACGUAGAGAGAAAAUUAGAAGAAGACAGACAAAACGAAACGAAGAAUACGACGAUUGCUUCAAUGAGGACGCCAUUGAAGGAACUUAAUAAGAGGGAAAGAGCACUACGAAAAGCAAAGGGCAAGGGUAAGCUUACUCGAGGCAUGUUAUUGAAAAUUGGAGAGGUGAUCUCCCGGAGGAGAGGAACGAUCAUGAGACAGGUGGGUAUUAGCACGAUUGAAGGGGCCACAACUACAGAGGCUGGGGAAGCUGGCAUUACUUCUCCACCUGCGUCUACGUCUACAGAGCCAGUACCAGUGGCCGCUUGAUGAUUAUGCAUGUAUAUUAUGUAUUUGGAAUGAAAAAAAAAAGUGUAAAUGUAUGGAAUACAUGGCACACAGACCGUUCAAGGCAUUCGUGGUUCGUACGUGGUGUUAUAGUAUAUAUCAAAUUCAACACACAUGGUUUUUAUCACC